AGCAUGCGAAUAGACAAAGUGGCAAAUUUUCCUUUCCCAACACCUCCUGAUGAUGAACAGAUAAAGGCUGCUGAAAGUUUGCUGAUCUCACUGGGUGCCCUGCAGAAAGUUGGCAGUUCUUCCAACAGAUUUAAAGCUUUGAAGAAAGUGAAGAGUCCAGUAAUAUCAGACCUGGGCAUGAGCAUGGCCUCAUUUCCUGUUGCUCCUAGAUAUGCAAAGAUGCUGAUACUGGCCAGGAAGUACAAAGUGUUGCCUUAUGUGGUGGCUCUGGUGGCAGCCCUGUCCGUGGAUGAGAUCUUUGUUGAUUCUAUACAGCCUUCAGAUGUCGCUGAAAAUAAGGAGAAAUUACAGAUAUUUAAGGAAAAGCUGAGUGUGUUCCGCUCAAAGCUUGCGGGUAAUUUCCUGUUGCUGGGUGACAUGAUGAUACUCCUGACUGCGGUGGGUGCCUGUGAAGCUGAAGGCUGUUCUCCAGAAUUCUGCACCCAGCUUGGGGUCAGGUUCAAGGCCAUGAGGGAAAUCAGAAAACUGAGAAUUCAGCUGACAAAUGCAGCGAAUGUAGUGUUUCAAGAUGACAGUCUGGUCGUAGAUCCUAAACUGCCACCACCUUCAGACGAGCAGGCACUCAUCUUGAGGAAAGUGGUCUUGGGGGGUCUCGCUGAUCACGUUGCCAG